CCACCUCUUCUCUCUUCUCCCUCGAAUAAGUAUACUUGGAUCGCCAUGGGUCAUAGUACCUUCUCAUUCCACAAUGCCGCAAGCACGGCGGCGAUGCUGCUCCUGGCAGCAGUGUUCUUUUCAUCGGCCGUGGCGAGCGACCCCCUGUUCUCGUGCGGCCCGUCGUCGCCGUCGCGUGCCUACCCUUUCUGCGACCGUUCGCUGCCCGCGGCGCGGCGCGCGGCGGACCUGGUGUCGCGGUUGACGGUGGCGGAGAAGGUGUCGCAGCUGGGCGACGAGGCGGCGGGGGUGCCGCGGCUGGGCGUGCCGCCGUACAAGUGGUGGUCGGAGGGGCUGCACGGGCUCGCCUUCUGGGGCCACGGCAUGCGCUUCAACGGCACCGUCACCGGCGUCACCAGCUUCCCGCAGGUGCUGCUCACCACUGCCUCCUUCGACGACGGCCUCUGGUUCCGCAUCGGCCAGGCCAUCGGCCGGGAGGCCCGGGCGCUGUACAACCUGGGGCAGGCGGAGGGGCUCACCAUCUGGUCACCCAACGUGAACAUCUUCCGGGACCCGCGCUGGGGCCGCGGGCAGGAGACGCCCGGCGAGGACCCGGCCGUGGCAAGCAAGUACGCGGUCGCCUUCGUCAGGGGCAUCCAGGGCAGCUCUGCCGCCGGCGCGGCGGCGCCGCUGCAGGCCUCCGCGUGCUGCAAGCACGCCACGGCCUACGACCUCGAGGACUGGAACGGCGUGGCGCGCUACAACUUUGAUGCCCGGGUGACGGCGCAGGACCUCGCCGACACGUUCAACCCGCCGUUCCAGAGCUGCGUCGUCGACGGCAAGGCCACCUGCGUCAUGUGCGCCUACACGGGGAUCAACGGCGUCCCCGCCUGUGCCAGCUCCGACCUGCUCACCAAGACGUUCCGAGGCGCCUGGGGCCAUGACGGCUACGUGUCGUCGGACUGCGACGCCGUGGCCAUCAUGCACGACGCGCAGCGGUAUGUGCCCACGCCUGAGGACACCGUCGCCGUCGCCCUCAAGGCUGGACUGGACCUGAACUGCGGGACCUACACACAGGAGCACGGCAUGGCCGCGAUCCAGCAGGGGAAGAUGACGGAGAAGGACGUGGACAAGGCCCUCACUAACCUCUUCGCCGUGCGGAUGCGGCUGGGCCACUUCGACGGCGACCCGCGCGGGAACGCGCUGUACGGCCACCUUGGCGCCGCCGACGUGUGCACCGCGGACCACAAGAACCUGGCCCUCGAGGCGGCGCAGGACGGCAUCGUCCUCCUCAAGAACGACGCGGGCAUCCUCCCGCUCGACCGCUCCGCGAUGGGCUCCGCGGCCGUGAUUGGCCACAACGCCAACGACGCGCUCGUGCUACGCGGGAACUACUUUGGCCCCGCGUGCGAGACCACCACGCCGCUCCAGGGGGUCCAGAGCUAUGUCAGCAACGUGAGGUUCUUGGCCGGGUGCAGCUCGGCGGCCUGCGGCUACGCCGCCACGGGCCAGGCGGCCGCGCUGGCGAGCUCGUCGGAGUACGUGUUCCUGUUCAUGGGGCUCAGCCAGGACCAGGAGAAGGAAGGGCUGGACAGGACGAGCCUGCUGCUCCCGGGAAAGCAGCAGAGCCUCAUCACCGCCGUCGCCAGCGCGGCCAAGCGGCCGGUGAUCCUCGUGCUGCUCACCGGCGGCCCCGUGGACAUCACGUUCGCGCAGUCCAACCCCAAGAUCGGCGCCAUCCUGUGGGCGGGCUACCCAGGCCAGGCAGGAGGGCUCGCCAUCGCCAGAGUCCUCUUCGGCGACCACAACCCCAGCGGCAGGCUGCCCGUGACGUGGUACCCGGAGGAGUUCACUAAGGUGCCCAUGACGGACAUGCGAAUGCGUGCCGAUCCGGCCAACGGAUACCCCGGCAGGAGCUACCGAUUCUACCGGGGCAACACCAUCUACAAGUUCGGAUACGGCCUCAGCUACUCCAAGUUCUCACGCCAGCUAGUCACCGGUGGCAAGAACCAGCUGGCGAGCUUACUUGCGGGGCUGUCCGCGACGACCAAGGACGACGAUGCCACGAGCUAUUACCACGUCGAUGACAUCGGCGCGGACGGGUGUGAGCAGCUCAGGUUCCCGGCGGAGGUCGAGGUGCAGAACCACGGACCAAUGGACGGCAAGCACUCUGUCCUCAUGUUCCUCCGGUGGCCCAAUGCAACGGAUGGCCGGCCGGUGAGCCAGCUGAUCGGGUUCACGAGCCAGCACAUCAAGGCAGGGGAGAAGGCCAACGUCAGGUUUGAUGUCAGGCCGUGCGAACACUUCAGCCGGGCGAGGGCGGACGGCAAGAAGGUGAUCGACAGAGGGUCUCAUUUCCUCAUGGUCGGCAAGGAAGAGGUGGAGGUCAGCUUUGAAGCCUGAUGUAUGACAGGAAAAAGGAUUACGAUUUACAGGUGGUGCAGAGCAAGUCUUUGGUUGGUAAACUUCAGCAACUCAGCAUAGGACACAAGAAGUUAAGUAAUUUAUUAUAAUUCAUUCAUAUUUGCCUCAAAAAGUCGGGGCUUUUACAUGUAAUUUAUUAUUAAGCAUAUCUAUCUAUCUAUCAAAAAUGUAAUCAUGGUUACCUGUAAAAUAUAGUUGAAUUAUUAUUGUUAUUUAAAUAAUAAUAAUUUUCGGAUGC